CCACUGAAUCGUUAACGCGGGAAGACUAAAACUUUGUUUAUCGUUCGAAACGAAAGAAAAGCAGAUUCAAACCUCGUAAUUUUCCCCGCGCUGUACCCUUGCAAAAAUCCUUAGUUAUAGUCUUCGCAAAAAAAAGUUCCUUAUUAAGACUACGGCUACCCCAUAAUCUGAAGAUGCUUCGUAACUCUACGCUUGAUAGUCUAAAUACGAGCGCGACAGUUAAUCCUUGGUCGCCAUCCUCGACGUUUGUCAACUUGGGGUCUCUUCACAGAUUUCUUUCACUAGCUGAACAAACCGGUCAUUUUACUAAGGAUUUAGACUCUCAUGAUGAAGUAGUGAAGCUUGCUCAAGAGAAAUCUCGUUCUAUCAUCAUGAUUCAGAUUUUGAAGGAAAUCACAAGACUUGGCCAGUCACUAGAUAAGAUUAAUCUGGAAAUCCAGAGACAUGUGCGUGACCUAGAGACCAUUGACAUCACAGAUGUUGACAAAAUAGGGAAGAGGACUUUUCAAAUGCAGCAAGUCUCUACCCACCUCUCAGCUAUCAGCACCCAUAAGGAUGAUCUAAUUACCAGACUACAGGAGCCGUUUGUUGGCAAUUACCUGGUCAUUGAUGCUGCAUAUCACAAGGAGGCGUCAAUGACAUUACCAGAACUGGCAUCAUGCCUGGCAGCUUUCCCCAAACACCUGGAAAACAUUGACUGGUCAAACAGCACCAACAUCAUGGAUGGCAGACUGGAUAAUGUCUUAGCAGCCAUAGAGUCCUCAUUUGCAGACUUAGAGAGUCAUUUUAGAGCGGCCCAGAAAAGUAGAAAAGCCAUGAAACAAAUGCAGGAGAUCUGUGCUAUCAAGCAACAUUAGAUGCCCAAGAUUAAAAUGCGCCUUGAUGCAUUCCUUCAGCGAUUUCUUUGCGAUGACGACAAAUUCCUCGUAUCCCAGCUUGCCGUCACCAUCCUGGUCGAGCAUUCCUAUAAGCUCCUCUGCCUCAUCUUGUGUCAGGGCGUCUCCAAGAGUUGUGACGGCCACGCGAAGCUCCUCCGCAGAAAUGUACCCGUCGCCAUUACGGUCAAAUACCCUGUGAUGUUAAAAAAAUUAUAUUAAAUUAAAACAUCCGUGAUGGGGCGAGUAGGCGUGGAGGCGAGCACGUUGCCCAAAGGUGGAGGAGUCGAUGGAGAAUCUGAUGCGGCCGGGGAGGACGUGGAGUUGAUGUGGAGUUGAUGGUGGAUAGUUCGAGUUGCGCUCUUGUUAGCUCUAACUGGAGUUUUAAGCUAUCUUGCUUGACUUUUUCCAGUUGCAGUUGUUGGGUCAGUCGGUUGUGGGGGUUGUGCCGCAAUGGCGCCUGCCAUCUCAGGCAGAUUUAACUCAAUAUGCGCCGAGAUGUCGGCGAUAUCCUGGUUUAUCGGGGAAAGUGCUUGCUUUUGUAUUGAUUUAGUUUACGAAGACGAGCAAAGAAGACGAGCAAAAGUAUUUGGAGUAAAAAAAAUGGAUGCUCUCUGCGUGGCAAACGUUUAAGGGUAGAAAUAUAUUAAAACAUUUGUCCCAUAUCGGUCAUUGUACACAUAAGCGAUCUCAUCCGUCGCCAUUACGUUCAAAUUCCCUGUGAUGUUAAAAAAUAAUGCACCUGUCAUAUUUGCUGCGAUUUUUAAUAUUCUGCGAAUUCUUGUGAACAAUUGCCAACCCGCUUCCUGGCUCCUGCCAUUCAAACUGACUGAAUUACAUUUGGUGCCUUUUGAUUGGUCAGCGGCUUGCAGAGAGUUGUCGUGAUUGGAAAACCAUUUUGGUGCUAGCUAAUGAAUUCGCUUCAAGGAUGUCCAAUGACAGAAGGCGAUUUGAUUGUUCGGAAUAGUCGCGAAGAAUAUUGAAAAGUGGAGCAACACAGUUACAAUAUCGGUCAUUCUACACAUACUGAUGGCAACCUGAAGGAGGUCUCGAAGGCACUAUGAAUAAUUGAUCGCCAGCCAGGGGUGAAAUGACGAGAACUUAACUCAGUAAAUAAUUACCCUUUUUAUAUUUAUUUUGCCUGUUUUUAAGCCUGAUUUUCAGAAGCUUAUGAGAAAAAAAAAUCAAGAAUGAAUACGAUAUAUUUGUCUACCUUUAAACGGUCAACCCCUAUUAAGUGGCCAUAUCUCGCGGUUCUUCCAAGAGUUGGCCGCUUAAUAGAGGUACCAAUGUAAAAAUGUAUGAAUGAAUAAAUACAACACUUUGAAAGAUUUAAUGCCGAGAUCAAAUCUUUUAGCCUUUCCCCUUAAGUAGUUGCUCUUGCAAAUAAGCAACACUUCCUCAUUUUCCCCUCGUCGUGUACAAUGAAGACAUUUUAAUCUUUCUGCCGCAAGCCAAAAUUCACAGAUGAAGGAUAUUCUAAUCAUCCUUUUGUUUCGUACAAUUCAUAAUCAUUCACAGCCAGAGAUCCGGUAUUUAUGAAGGAAGCUUCCUUCAUAUUAAGGGCAGGGAUUAUCAUGCAAAACAUGGCUGUCGAAAGUAAUAAAGUUAGCACGCAGGUGGCUUAAAAAGGAAGUCAAUUCUUUGCAUAACGUCGCAAUAUUAUUGCCAAGUGAUCUUUUUUUUCAAAAUAUUAUCUUAUUAUCGUAGCUUUGUGUAGUUUCUGAAUCAACAGGAUAACAGAGAAGAAAGAAUAGUUUGACCAUUUUAAACCCCUUAAAAAACGGAUUUCAAGACAAACUGCGUCGUAGUCGUUUUUUUGCACGGAUCCCUUCACAUGGGCAGUAGGAAUGGAGUUUGUCAUCGUGAACGUGUCAAAACACUUUUUCAUCAUUACGGUGAAAAACUCUUUAAGGUUUAAACACAAAAGUAAAUAAAAUGUUACGAAGGUCACUGCCGUUACCAUAACGGCCGAUACACUGUUAGAUUAAAAAGUAAAUUGACAAACACCGAAAUUUGCUCUAACAUCGUUUAUCUUGUUUAACUUCUCGAGCGGCAUACUCUCUGUGUAGCUAAAAAAAUCCGGUCGAGCGGGGUUGCGAUAAUAUCUGAGCUGCUAAUUUAAAAGCACCGUGGAACCCAAAGACUGCAAUGCGCUGAAACGAGCGGAAACAUCACUUGCCAAUCAGGAAAAUAACCCGCGGGUAAACGUUCACGACGCUUGCUCAAUUUCCACAGUCAGCUCCCUGCAGAGAGUGACCAUAAGUUUAACUCAUAGUCUAUCUAGGCCUUUUUCUGGAUAUCUGAAUAUCGCGUUAUAUGAAAGUACAGGGGCCCGUACAGGUGCAUGUGAAGCGGAAACGGCAACCUUUCAAAUACAAGGCCUCUUUUUAUUUUUCUCUCGCUGACCCGCUGAACUCAGUCUUUGUGGUUUGCGAGAAAAAAAUCCUUCAUUCUCGGAACCAGUUCUUUAGUUUUAAAGGCAUGACGCGAUACAUUGUGUAAAGAACGUAAAGGUAACCUUCACAACUGAUCUUUCACUUUCAUUCGUUUUCAUUCUAUUUCAAUUUCCGUAAUAAAAUAAAAUAAGAAAUGUGUUUUUUUAAGUAAUUUCCUAUGGAGAACAAAAUUUCUAAGGGUUUUCGUUCUUUUUGGGGCUAAAUUUGUAACAUUUGAUAGGACUGAAACACAAAGGUUUUUGCAGUAUCGUGUUAUAAAUAUGAAACAGGCACACCCUAUUGAAAUUAGACUACCAAAAUUGUCCCUAUUAAAAUUAAUCCUUUGCAAAUAUCAGUUUAUGAGAAUAAGAGCCGGCAUAAAAUACGUACGUUGCCUCAAUAUACUUCUACGUAAAAAAUGUUGUAAAUAUUACAAAAACAAGAAACACAAAGAAGGCCCUAGGUUCGAACCUGGGGUCCUUUUUGCAAAAUAUCAAUAUUAUAUUCAGGCUAGCUUGUUUUUCUUCUCAAGUGGUAAAUUUUAAGUAGACCGUUGCACGUUGCAUACAGUAUGACCCGUGGUCAUACUGUAUCUUUUUUUAUCUUUUAUUUAUCUUUUUUGCUUCUUAAUUAUAGAUAUUUUAACACUGUACAUAUACCGUCUGGGCGCUCGAGUGUCCGGCUAGGCAAACAGAUUUUCAGACGUAGGUUUAAUUGCAGGAAAUUGCAGUAUUUGUUUGGUGGUAGUCUAUUUUGAAGUUCAAAUGUAUAAAGGAGGUAUGGUGGACAACAAAAUAUCCAUCUUGUUUUUGUUUAUUAGGAAAGGGUUUUCCUUUUUAUGUUGUAAUUGAUUUCAUAAUUGAAUUUCUAAACCCUUACGGAUAUUUUAUUUGCGUUUCUUACUGGUUUAGAAUGCGGUUUUCCUAAUAAUCUACGUAUAAAAAGUGUCGAAUUUAGAUAACAGUCAGCGACAUUUGGGAGAAACCGCAAUUUAUAGCACUUGUUCUAUUGACAAUGCAAAACAAUAUCUGUUGGGAAACAUUAAAAACAAUUAUCCCAGCUGGUGUUAGAUAACGGCUCAUUUGAUUUAGCGAUGUUUUUUUUAAUCGUAAAUAUAUAUUUUUUAUUUUAGGAAAAGUUCAAAUAGAAGUUUCAUUAUUGAUAUCCUAGGAUUUCAAGAGCGGUUAAAUUAAGCCGACUGCAUUUUUUACGGUUUAUGCACUCAAGCAGAAUUAUUAGCAACUAAGAUAUUUAACAAUGUUCUAAAUUACACAUUUUAGAUGCUAGCGAUAUAUUAUUUGGUUACUCCAAAGCGUUAUAUGAUAUGUAAAUCAGGUUUCGAAAUGGGAAUUUGUAAGAAAGGAAGUGCGAAAUCGGUAUUUUUGAAACUCUCUUAAAUUUCUAUUGGGUAAUAGUACUUAACAUGAGCACUGAUGGGUUUAAAGUCUUAGCAAAUAGGUAGAAAAAUGGGAUAUCGAACGGCUAAUGAAACUGCGCAUUUGAGGUAAAGAAUAUUUCUUUCUUCUUGGCUCAUGAUAGAGAAAUGGAAAUUUAAAAAGCGGGUUUAAUCAUGGAGCACUUUCCAUCUCUAUUAGUUUUAAUGAAGCAAACCUGACACCUCCAGAAAGUGUGAAAUUUUCAAAACCACUGACGACGACGAUUCAAAAUUUGAAUUCCAGACAGAAAUAUAAGACUCGCAUAAAAUUUAUACGAAUGGUUUAUGAAAUAAGACUUCAACGUCUAUAUAAUAUAUGUUAGAAGUUUUUUUACUAGCAAAAAAAAACCCUGAAAAAUAGAACAGAGAUUUAAAAAUUUAGUUAAAAAUAUAUAUUUAAAGCAACUUGAAUAAUUAGAAAAAGAGGAUUUUGUUUUGCUGGUAACUUCUCUGAAAUUGAUUUAGAAAUGAACAAGCUAUUAGAUUGUGAAUUGGGUUAAAGAAACAGGUAGAAAAGAUCAUGUUUUGAUUUAAAGUUUACUUCAAUGUUACACGAGAACCGAGUACUUUUUACUUAAAAAAUAUUUA